CUCUCUCUCUCUCUCUCUGCGUGUUUCUGCAAAUCGAGAAAACAAAAACAGAGAAAACAAGAAAAGCAAAAACAUGAAGCACAGCACUACUUCAUCAAUCCGAAACCUUCUCUCUAAAUCUCUCUCUUCGAAGCACAAAACCAACCUUAAAAUUCCCAAAUCCAACAACGAAAACGAUCCUCCACUCCACCCUAACAUCAAGCAACUCUCGCCCACCCUAUCACCUUCCAAAUCGUUGAGUUUCAAAGCCCAGAUUGCCCCAUCCGACGGUCACCCUGAAGUGUCCAAAUCUCAGGACCCACCACUCAAGAGUCAAAAUGAGUUCCCGGAACCGGACGCUCACUGUGAAGUAUCACCGGUUUCAGAUCCGCCAGUGAAGGUUGUGGUGAGGGUUAGACCAGUGUAUGAUCAUGAAAGAGAUGUGAACCGGACGGUGAGGAAGGUUUCUUCGGAUUCAUUGUCUGUUGGGGAUCGUAAAUUUACAUUUGAUUCGGUUUUCGACUCGAAUUCUAAUCAGGAGGAUAUAUUUCAGUCAGUUGGUGUCCCCUUGGUUGAAAACGCAUUGGCUGGUUACAAUGCUUCAAUCUUGUCGUAUGGGCAGACUGGAAGUGGAAAGACCUACACGAUGUGGGGGCCUCCAAGUGCCAUGGUUGAGGAUCCUUCACCCAGAAGUCAGCAGGGCAUUGUUCCUCGGAUAUUUCAGAAGCUCUUCGCUGAGAUUCAGAGAAAGCAAGAGAACUCUGAUGGAAAACAAAUCAAUUAUCAGUGUCGCUGUUCUUUUCUUGAGAUAUACAAUGAGCAAAUUGGGGAUCUACUUGAUCCAACUCAGCGAAACCUUGAGAUAAAAGAUGAUCCCAAAAAUGGCUUGUAUGUUGAAAAUUUGACUGAAGAAUAUGUGACUAGUUAUGAGGAUAUAACUCAGAUUCUGAUCAAGGGGCUUUCAAGUAGAAAGGUUGGAGCAACAAGCAUCAAUUCUAAGAGUUCACGAUCCCAUAUUGUGUUUACUUUCAUUUUAGAGUCCUGGUGCAAGGAAGCUUCAUCAAAAUUCAGUAGUUCUAAAACUAGCAGAAUCAGCCUCAUUGAUCUUGCUGGAGCAGAUAGAAACAAACUUGAUGAAGUGGGUAGACAAAGUGCAAAGGAAGGGAAAUAUGUUAGGAAGACCCUCUCACAGCUUGGGUAUUUGGUAAAUGCUCUAGUACAAGAAACUCAACCUGGAAAACCUGAAGAUGCUGUAUCCAGAAAUUCCCGUUUAACGCAUUUACUGCGAGAAUCACUUGGUGGCAAUUCAAAACUAACGGUUAUCUGCAAUGUCUCCCCAGAUAACAAAAAUAUCGGUGAAAUACUGAGCACCAUCAGAUUUGGACAACGAAUCAAAUGCAUAAGAAAUGAUCCGGUAAUAAAUGAAAUAUCAGAGGAUGAUGUUAAUGAUUUGAGUGAUCAGAUCCGUCAACUAAAGGAAGAACUAAUAAGAGCGAAGUCUGAUGUAUGUAAAUCAGUUAGGAGCAAAAAUGGACACUUUAGAGGGAAAAAUGUACGGGACAGCCUUAAUCAAUUGAGAGUAAGCCUUAACCGCUCCUUGAUGCUCCCACGCCUAGAUAAUGACUUCGAAGAAGAAGUGAAUUAUGACGAGGAAGAUGUUAAGGUACUUCGUGAGCAGCUAGAUAAGUUACAUAAGUCUGAUGAGGAGGAGAAGGAAAGCUCCAGAGAUCAAUCUGACAACAGAGAUUCUGUCCACUUUUCUUCGGUAGAUGAAAGUUGUGAGGCAGACUUGAUGAGCGAAGAUGACAUGACUUAUCCGCAGGAAAUUGAAUUGGAAGAAAUCAAUCUGGAGGGUCCUCAGAAUGAACUUCCUACCACCACGUCAAAACCCAUUAAUCAUGCAUUUAGAAGUAGCAUUUCAAUCAGCUCAUGCCAUAACUCUACCCUUCUCCAAGAACCAACUUUGUCCGAGUCUCCGAAAAUUGGAAAUAUCCAGAGAAAGAGCAUGGCCAUUCCAUCAAGUCCUUUGGCAAGUCAGAAGAAUGUGUCAGAGAGUUCCAAAUCAGAUGUAUUACGACAGUCACUUAAACAUAGUGAGCACCUGCGAUCAUCAUUUCAGUCAAGCAAGAUGCCUCCAGGUGCAACUGAAUCUUUGGCUGCUAGCCUUCAAAGAGGCUUGCAAAUUAUAGACCAUCACCAGCGGAACUCACUAUCAAACAGAUCUUCGGUAGCGUUUUCCUUUGAGCACUUGACUUUGAAACCUUGUCCUGAAGUUGACAAAGCUAAUGCUUCUGUUCAGACAUUACCAGAAGAGAGACCAUCUGGCAUUUCACUUUGUGCAUCUUGCCGUAAAAAAAUCGAUAACAAUUCCAAUGAGGUUCAGGAUAGCCUGAAGACAUGGAUUGUAGCAGUUAAUGAAGAAGGGAGUUCCCAAGUGACUAGAGAUGGUGCAGAGCCCAUUAAGAGAGAGGUGCUUGAAAAUAUUUGCAAGGAGCAAGCAGCAAAAAUCGAGCAGCUAAACCGCCUGGUAGAGCAGUACAAACAUGGUCAUGAAAGCAAUGCUCUUUGUGUCGGGGCUCUUGAAGAGGCGAGUCAUGAAGACCUUUUGAUGAAGGAUGACAAAUGUGAUAUAAAGGAAGUCCAGGAAGUCUCGGACCAUCAGGAGAAAAAUACUUCAUUUGAUGUGAAUGAGAAGGAAGCACUUCUUAAGGAAAUAGAAAGUUUGAAGAGCAAGUUGCAGUCAUAUACUGAUGCAUCGCCAUUCAAAUCUACUGAGAAUCUGAGAUCCUCUUUGUUGUCACGAUCCAUUCAACUGAGAAAGAGUGUAGAUUGUCGACCUAAUACUGCUGAAGAACUAGAGAAGGAAAGAGAAAGAUGGAUAGAAAUGGAGAGUGAAUGGAUUUGUAUAACCGAUGAUUUAAGAGUUGAUCUUGAAUCAAGCAGACGGCAUGCAGAGAAAGUGGAAAUGGAACUGAGAUCAGAGAAGCAAUGCACUGAGGAAUUAGAUGAUGCACUUAGUAGAGCUAUGCUUGGACAUGCUAGAAUGGUUGAACACUAUGCUGAUUUACAAGACAAGUAUAAUGACUUGGUUGGACGUCAUCGCGCAGUCAUGGAAGGGAUAGCAGAGGUGAAGAGAGCAGCAGUGAAGGCAGGUUCAAAAGGUCACGGCUCACGUUUUGCCAAAUCCCUCGCCGCACAGCUUUCAGCUGUUAGAGUUGAGAGGGAGAGGGAAAGAGAAUUCCUGAAAAAGGAGAACAAGAGUCUUAAAAUCCAGCUUAGAGACACUGCAGAAGCUGUUCAUGCUGCUGGAGAACUCCUUGUUAGGCUCAGGGAAGCUGAACAUGCAGCCUCAGUGGCAGCGGAGAACUUUUCCCAAGUUCAGCAAGAAAAUGAGAAGUUAAAGAAGCAAAUAGAGAAGGUAAAGAGGAAACACAAGAUGGAGAUGAACACAAUGAAGCAGUAUCUUGCAGAAAGUAGAUUGCCAGAAUCUGCAUUACAAUCGCUAUAUCGCGACGAUUCUGAUGAAGCAGUACACAGCAGUGCAAUCCCAGAUUAUGAUGAUCAAGCAUGGAGAGCAGAAUUUGGAGCUAUAUAUCAAGAGCAUUACUAAGUGGACUUAACAACUCUAAAACUCUGUCAAAUGAACCUUAACUUGCCUGUGCAAAGUUACCAUCCAUUGAUGAGCUUGCAUCGGAGCAAUGACCCUACUUGGGUUAUCUAGACCACUUCCUCUGUUAUUGGCUUUCUUCAUUUCCUUUUUUUGGCUUUCUUGUAUUUGUUGUGCAGCACUACUUUGUGGGUGAACUGAGAAUAUGCGAAUGUUUGUUGUAAUAUCAAGAUUAUCCCUCCUA